GUCUGUGGUAUGCCUUGUUUAAAUCAAAGAUUAUGAUCUUUGGUUUGAAUACAAUUCCUUGUAACUUAAUAUUUUAAAUAAAAUAUACUAUUAACUUACACUACUUAUCGAAUACAGAUUCGAAAUAAUUCUAGAUGCAAAGUGGACAUAUUCAAGUAUUAAUUUCGUGUCUCAAGUCACAAGCUCUAAGUCUGAACGUCUUCAUCAUCUACUAGAAUUUUUAUGUCAGAAUGCUUUAUGAAGAAAUCUUGAGAUACUUACCAGAAAACUGGAGUCCAAUGGAUUCCCUUCGAGAAUAUGAAAUGAUAGAAAUUCCUGUAUCUUCACGAGAGUAUCAAUAUGUUUCGUUGGAAUUCCAAGCCCAGUUUGGUAUAGGUCCCUUGUAUCGGAUACAAAAUCCACAACUGUUUACAAAAUUUAAUUUGAAGAAAGCCGAGUAUGCGACUCGUGGUUACCAUACUACAUUAACUCUUUUUCAUGACACAGUUCAGUCUAAUGUAGAAUCUAUUGUUACUUAUAACAUUGAUUGGAGAUAUGGGGAGAGACAAAGAUAUGGACCAGGAGUAUACUUCUCAACAUCUUCAUUCAGAGCACAAAGACGGUCUAAUAUAAAGCUGGGUCCUCAUAGAGCAAUGUUUUUGUUCGAUGUUUUGGUGGGAAAUGUUCAAACAGCAAGAAAUGGAGAAUAUCUUCCUGACAUCGGAUUCGAUACAGUUAUUUCACCAGAUGGAGAAACAUAUGUAAAAUACUUCGAUCAUGAAUAUUAUCCUUCUUAUGUUCUAUAUUACGAAGAUGUAAGGAUGCCUUCAACUUCGAAACACAGGUUUUCCUAGAAACUCAAAAUUUCAUAGUGAAGAUAUUUGGUGAGAAAUAAGUAUUUCUCUUAUACUGUGAUAUUACAUUUUGAUGAGAUAUUCUUUCGAAAACAUUAUCCAAUUUCUGAUGCAAUCAUCAGGAUUUGCUGUUGACUAAGACUAAUAAAUCAUUAUUUUUGAUAAAAAGUCUAAUAUACCUACUAUUAGGACUGCAAUAUGUUUUUUAUUUAGCCUACUUUUAGAUUUGAUUCAUGAAACUGGAUGAAAUUUAGUUAAUUUAGAGGAAGAAUGUUUUGUUAUUUAUUUCAGUAGUGCUUUUGUUUAUAUAGAUGAUAUCUGUUAUUAUUACUGAUAUUAAAUAAAUAUUUUGUACAA